UCGCGGGGCAACAACGCGUGGAGUUGGCAGAAAUGUUUGAACACUUUAACGCAGUUUAUUCAGUAAAAUUAUUUGUCGGUGUUUCUGCACAACUUUAGUCGACUUCUUGACAAUACGCUCAUCAUGAUUAAUCGAAACUCUACGCUGUAUUCGAGUCGUUUGGUGUGUGCGCGGAGCAGCAACGUCACUGGACGUCCGGGUCUGAAGGAGCCGGACUCCCUGGAGACUCAUCCCCGCCGACAGCUGCAGGUGAGCCGGCGUGGCUGCCUGGAGGCACCGCGGAGACCGAGUGAGCCCCCCAGACUUCCCUCCCAUCUUGAGACUAAACCAGUGAUCCUGCGCAGUGUGAGACAACAACACGUGUGGAAGGCGACUACAGAUGACCCACCGAAGAUAGUCGGCCAAUCCAUUAACAGCAGCCCUCCAGAUUCCACAGGAGGAAGUAAGAGUUUGCCAGUUUGCCGUACCCAAGCUGGAAAAAGAGCAGAUAUCGUUUCCCUGAGGAAGCAUCUGGGCCACGCCAGGCGUUUGGCAUCAGCAAUUAAGCAGGGCCAGAGCUACUUCCACCUCCUACAGAAAGAGGAACAGGAGGAGCGGGAGGAGGAGGAGAGGCAGCGGAUGAGGAGGGAGGAGCGGCUGAGAACAGAGCCACGACCUCCCAGUUUCUCCUCUGACUCCGACAGCGAUUCAGAAGGGUGGCGUCUGCCUGCAGGACCCAGCUGGUUAGGUGCGAAUGAAGUGUGGCCGCGCAGGAAGAAGAACAAGUCAGCACGACCUUUCACCCCCGUCCAUCACUCUCUGACCUCCCCUCUGCUGAGUGAAGCACCAAGGGAGGUCAUCUACCGCCAGCUAUGCUGUCUGAGUUGGCUGCUGGAGGCCUUGACUCUGGAUCGCUCUAGCAGAGUCGGCCCGCUCUCCGCCUGCUGGGACCCCAAAGACCCUGGCCGAGGCAGGACCACGAUAAAGACGCUGAAGAAAGAGAGAGCCAUUGAGAGCAAAUGGGAGCAGUUUGUUUCAGCCAAGCCUCAGAGAGCUCAUCCAAAGCGCCCUCGCAGCUCCUCUGCGCGCCUCCACACCCACAGGAUGUCGUCCUUCAUGAGUGUGGGCUCCCUCUCAGCCCUCACCUGCACCACUGUGGGGAGCAGCAUGUCCUCUCUGGUCCCAGCGGCUGAGGAGAACACGGAGACAGAGUGUCCAGGAGCAGCAGAGGAGACGGACCGACUUCCUUCAGAGUGUCUUCACACGCUGUCAGAUGUCCACCAGAAAGUCAAGACAGAGAGCCAAAUCUCACAAACCAGCAGUUUGACUGCACCUCACUUCAAAGCACGGCCGUCACCCCAAAGGACGGGCGACCAAACUGGCUCCAGGACAGCGAAUAGUUUUGUAUGGCCAAAAAGCUGUCCUGCAAAGCCCCUGCUACAUAUCAGCCAUCUCAUCAACAACAAGACCACCAUGCUGCAGGAGCUGAAAGCUGCCUUUGAUGAGCGGGUUGAGGAGAUGUCUCAGAGCUACAUCAACAUCCUGGAGCUCAAAGCCAGAGAGAGGUUAAACAACGGUCUCCGGAGGUAUCGAGCCCAGAGUCACGUGACCCAAUCCCAUGGCCUUCCUCAUCACAUGACCUGCGCGUCCCCAGAGACAGAGGCUCCAAACAGCAACAAUAAAAACACGCACAACAACAAUAUGUGGCUGUCCACUCUGCUGAGCAGCCUGCCUGAGGAGGUGUGCAGGGAGCGAGCGGUGAGCCGGGUGCUGGAGAAGCUGAGUGGAUUUGCAGAGCAGCAGACUCUCAGGGUUCAACCUCAGGUCUUCCUGAGGGUGCUGGGGGGUCUGGAGCCGUGGGAGCUCUGUCUGCCUGAGCUGUGUGUGGCCAUCCAGAUUGCCACAGAACAUGUGGUCCAGAUGCCCAGGACAGAGUACGAUGCCUGGUUGCGUUCAAGGGUCACUCUGCCCCCACAGUAACACCAUGCCCCCAAACACCAGACUUUACGUGAUGGCAGUGAACUCGUCACAGUGCGUACGACUGAAGUCUGUGAGGACUCAUCCCACAAGUCCCGAGGGAGGACAUUUGGAUCCAGCCUCUUCAAAUCCCAAAAUGUUCUUCAGUUUACUGUUGAUGAUUUGGAUGUCAGUUCUGAACUGAGUUUCAAACAGCUGAAAGGGAAUUAUUCGGGUGCUUGAAGGGGAAUUCAUCAUCGAAAUCUCCAGUAAUAAUACAAAUGUGCUUUAUCUCAGCAUUGGACAAUCAGUCUGGAUUAGCAGGAAUCACUUCAAGUGGAAUUUAUUGGAAGAGGAUAAAGUAAAAGAGCAAUGUCUCAGUGACUAUAGGGAUUAGGCAAUGUUUUGAUAUCUAAUGCAGACAGCUCCUGUGACUGUCUCACACACACAAACACACACAGAGUAGAAACAGAGAUGAGUCUGUUGUACUUAAAUAAACCCGAAUCCACAGCCUGAAAUUGAAAGACCUGCUUCAGCAGAUAUUUUUCAGUUUCAGCUCCACAGCUGUACGGCUGACUUAGUCUUUGCUGUGGUUUGCACCUACGAGACAGGAAAUGGUAAAUUUCUCACCACACUCUUUCGGGGGUAGCUGGGGCGUAUCUACGUCAAAGGCUGUUGCGGUUUCCUUCAACCCACCACAAGAACAAAAUGGAGGUCAAAUUACUAUGAAAUA